CUGCCAAAUAUCUGCGAUCAGUCUCACGGGAAACGUCGUUCGAGCUAAUAGUUCCACCUUUAGCAACCUUGCAUAGAACCAAAGCAUUCCAAGUACCGACCAAGUUAUGGAAGUGCAAGUGGGAUGGCCAAAGUUGCUCAAGAUGGGGGCCCAGUUAGUGGGGCACAAGGUUCUGCAGUACCGCCUGUCCACAGGUCACACUGUGAUUUUGGACACCAAGUACGGACAGGUUCGAGGGCUUCAAAGAAAGACGGUCUACGAUAAGGAACUUUACUUCGCCUUUGAGGGCAUUCCGUAUGCCAAGCCGCCGGUGGGUGACCUCAGAUUCAGGGCUCCUCAGCCCCCGGAGCCCUGGCAAGGAGUGCUCAACUGUACCACCAACCGAUCCAAGCCCCUGCAGAGAAAUAUGCUUUUGGGGAUCGUGGAAGGCAGCGAGGAUUGCCUGCACCUAAAUGUGUAUGUCAAAAGCCUGAAGUCAGAGAAACCCCUGCCCGUGAUCGUGUGGAUCUGCGGAGGGGGUUUUCAGAAGGGCGAGGCCUCCAGGGAUGUUUACAGCCCCGACUACUUCAUGAAGCAGCAGGUGGUGUUCGUCUCCAUCAACUACAGGUUGGCCGCACUGGGUUUCCUCAGCCUCAAGGACCCAAAGUUGGAUGUUCCUGGAAACGCGGGCCUCAAGGACCAAGUGAUGGCCCUGCGCUGGAUCAGCCAGAACAUAUCCCACUUCAACGGCGACCCCAACAAUAUCACAGUGAUGGGGGAAAGUGCGGGCUCGGCUUCCGUUCACGUGAUGAUGACCACGGAGCAAACGCGUGGUCUGUUCCACAAAGCCAUCUUGCAAUCCGGAUGUGCUCUUAGCGAAUGGGCUGAAAGUCCGGAUCACAAUUGGGCAUUCCGGCUGGCUCAGAAUUUGGGCUAUAAAGGCCCCGAUGAGGAUGCAGGUAUAUUAUGUUUUCUGAGCGGGACUCCCGCUCGUAAGAUAGCGGCUAUUGACCAGGACGUUAUCACCCAGGAUGAAGUUCGGAAUUUCCUACUUUUCGCCUUUGGACCGGUGGUGGAGCCUUAUGAGACCGACCACUGUGUGGUGCCUAGAAGACACAGGGAGAUGUUGUCCGAAGCCUGGGGCAACGAGAUACCUGUUAUUAUGGGCGGAAACUCAUUUGAGGGUUUGUUUUCCUACCAAGUGCUAAGAAAUGAUCCUUGGGGACUGAAGAACUUCCACAACAUCCUGCCCAGGGAGGUGAGGGAAGCUAUCUGUCUGGAGGAACAGGAUCAACUUGUUCGUCGCUUGAAGAAACUUUACUUUAAGAACGAAAUGCAGGACUCAAUGGAGGUGUUUGAGGCCCUAAACAUAUUUUCCCAUCGCCAGAUUUGGCACGAUCUGCAUCGCUUGGUUCUCGCCCGUCACACUUAUGCUUCCAGAUCGCCCACCUAUCUUUACCGUUUCGACUUCGACUCCCCGCACUUUAAUCAAUUCCGGCGAUUGGUUUGCGGAGAUCACAUUCGCGGAGUGGCCCACGCCGAUGAACUGUCGUACCUCUUUUACAACAUCAUAGCCUCAAAGCUGGAGAAAUCAUCGAAGGAGUACCAAACCAUAGAGAGGAUGGUGGGUAUGUGGACAUCGUUUGCCUCCAGCGGGAAUCCCAACUGUCCGGAACUGGGAACUGCCAAGUGGGAGCCCGUCCAGCUGAAAGACAACGGAGUAGAAAGGUGCUUUAACAUCAGCUAUGACUUCGAAAUGCGAGAACUACCAGAAGCGGAGUUCCUGGCAGUCUGGGACACUUUCUAUCCCAGGGAGGCCCUCUUCUAGUCCAGGAAUCUAAAUAUCAUAUAUGAGAACGUGCAUGUAUGAUGGAUAGUUAGAAUAUUUUAAAUUUUUUAAGUUUUUGAAAAUGUAUUUAAAAUAAAUUAAUUCAUUCCAUUUCUUAUUUUACAAAAGAGAAUUCUGAAUUUACGAAUAUUGUGUAUUUACUAUAAAUGUCAAUUGCCAAAUAUAUAUAUAUAGAAACGAGA